UAGUGUCUCCCGCCCCGCGUCGGGCCGGAAAGGAGCUCGGCUCCCGUGGGUUGGUCUCCGCUCUCAUUUUUUUAAUCUUGAAGACUUCAAACUGUACCUGGAUCUACCACUUUUUUGGGAAAGUUCCCUACCCAGCAAUAAAUUACAUACUGCAUCCUUGUAAUAAUACAGAAGCUUUUGAAUUUUUCAGAUUGAAACAAGAUUUUUUUUCUUCCAUUUCCCAUGAGGCCCCAUCGUUGCUUAUUCACUUUAGUGGUGAGUGUUAUUGUUCCGGCUGCUUUUGUUUUGGACGAUGCUGACUUCAACCAAACAGUACCCCAGGCAACAAAUGGUAGUUCGCACAACGCAUCAUUUCUCCCAAGCUUUGAACUCUCAGCAGGUUCUCACUUGGGUGAAGAUGUCAUCAUAGCCAAAGAAGGAACAAGCGUUUCAAUUGAGUGUCUUCUCACAAUCAGUGACUAUGAAGAUGUCCAUUGGUACAACUCGAAAGGACAGCAACUGGAUGGCAGCAGCAGAGGUGGAAAAUGGUUGAUUUCCGAUAACUUCCUAAAUAUUACCAACGUAGCUUUUGAAGACCGUGGACUCUAUACAUGUUUUGUCACAUCUCCGGUUCGUGCCACCUACUCUGUCACCCUACGAAUUGUCUUCACCUCAGGAGACAUGAGUGUCUACUACAUGAUUGUUUGCCUGAUUGCAUUUACAAUCACUCUCAUCUUGAAUGUCACACGGCUGUGCAUGAUGAGCAGCCAUCUUCGCAAGACAGAGAAGGCCAUCAACGACUUCUUCAGAACAGAAGGGGCUGAGAAACUUCAGAAGGCCUUUGAGAUUGCCAAACGCAUCCCCAUCAUCACCUCUGCCAAGACCCUAGAGCUCGCCAAGGUCACACAGUUUAAGACCAUGGAGUUUGCACGUUAUAUUGAAGAACUAGCAAGAAGCAUUCCUCUUCCACCCCUUAUUCUAAACUGCCGAGCCUUUGUUGAGGAGAUGUUUGAGGCUGUGCGAGUGGAUGACCCUGAUGACAUAGGGGAAAGAAUUAAAGAGAGACCUGCCUUGGAUGCUCAAGGAGGCAUUUAUGUCAUUAACCCAGAGAUGGGCCGGAGUAAUUCACCAGGAGGAGAUUCAGAUGAUGGCUCUCUGAAUGAACAAGGCCAAGAGAUAGCAGUUCAGGUUUCUGUCCAUCUUCAAUCAGAAACUAAAAGUAUUGGUACAGAUUCUCAAGAGAGCAGUCAUUUCAUCCCACCAGAUGAUACAGGAUCUGCCAACUCUAACUCCAGCUACAAAGACGGAGUAUAUGAAAACUCACAGGUGUGAGUUGGCUCACUACCUACAGUAACAGCUGUCACUCAGAAAGGGACCUACUUCUCGGAGGACAUAACAUUGUCACCAAAAGAUGGCGAGGGGUUUCCCCUUGUUGAUAUGCACAUUAGAACAUGAGUUGCCAAAACCUCUGUUAAAAUGCAGAGUUUUUCCUAGCUGAUAUUCCAGUCUCUCCUUGGGCCUGAUGAGAUGAUAAAUGUUAACCAUUAAGGGAGCUUGAGAGACAAAUACCAUGGGAGAAGUCCUAACACUCUCAUGGCUUCUUUUUCUGGUCAUAUUUUUUCUGUUGGUAGAUCUGAUCCUUACCUUGAAGCUUCAAGUUUUCCCAUCAGUACUCUGAGGAAUUUGCAUUACUUGAAAUCUGAAGUUUCUAGCCCUGUAACUUAUCAUUCAUCCCCUAAAUAAACCACCAGAAUCUUCAGCACAUCUCUAAGGAAACCCUUCCUCUAGGUUUCCCAGUCCCUUUUUUGACCUGGCUGAGACUUUAUUCUAGUAUCUAGAUUCCACAUCAGUGCAGCAAUGCACAUGUGUGGGGUAUUUUUUAGAUAUUCUGCCAUGUGUAGCUGACAGUUACAUGUGCUAAGUUGAAUCUUCAAUGUAGCAACGACUAUCACAUCAAAAUCAGGGAGUAACUGCUCAUUAGCAAACUAUUUUCCUUGAGUGAAUCGGUCCUUCUUGGAAUAUAUCUUGUCUUUUUAACUUACAGAGAAUUGUUUAGGUCAUUGAAGCUGGUAGCGAUUUCCAGUUUGAUCUUCCAGCAUGAGCUGUUUGUUCCUAAGGAAUAAUGUCUUUGAAGGUUUUAGAAUAAGAACAAGUCAAAUCAUUUGUUUCUAAUCAGUCAUGGAUUUUGAUAUUCCUGUAAUGGAAUUCUCAGGCUUUCCUCUUUCUUAGAAGUGUUAAACUCUACUUGUGGGUUCUGUGUUGAGAUCCCAUUCUAGAAGAUAACCAAGAAUCAUUCUUCUUUGGACCUCUGUCAGUACUCUUGCCCUUUGUGGUCUGAAAUAUGGUGCUAAAGGUUGCAUGCCUCCUUGUUUUGUUUAUAUUUUAUUGUGGAGAUUUUAAUUUCUCUGCAUUUCAGAUACAUAACUCUGACCUAGGGCUGCUUUUGUGGCCUUUGAAAAGCAUGUGCCUGAAAUCAAGUAACUGUGUUUCAUGUGUUACUGGAUUGAACAUACAGACACACAAAUGAUCUAGACCUAAAGAGGGAGAAAAAUGAUGCAUAAUGUGAUGUGUAAUAAACACUUAAGAUGGCAUUUCUUGUCUAAGAUCAGAUAUAAUGGAAUUAAAUACUCUUCAGAAUCGAUUCUUCAGCUGCAGGAAGGUUGGUGAAUUUGGCAGUGGAACUCCAUUUGGUGUUCCACAUUUCUUCAUUUGGCAUCUAUUUCUCAAAGUGAUAACUUCACCUCAAGUGUCCUGAGGGAAAUGUGCAGAGAUUUUACCAGGAUUUAAAUUUAAGGUUCCAGCUAGAAGAAGAUAGGAAAGUCAAGAGUGUGACAGUAGAACUCAUGCCUGCCUUUGUCCAGACUUAUGAGAAAUAACACAUCUGCUCCGGAUCGCAAGAAUGAAUCAGUGUGCAGUUUUACUGGAUAAAGAUGAUAACGCUGCCUUUCUGUCUCUCAGGCUGUUUCCAUGGAAACCUCUAGAGCAAAACAAAAGCUACCAAUCAUUUAGCCAAAUCUUGCCUUGGCUCACAGACCUUUGUUUCAUUAAUGAAAACUGUUUUGUACAUUUGGCUAUGAGAGCAAGAACUCUUGAACAUAUCCUAGAUUAUGGAACACAUUUUCCUAUUUUGCAUUGUGUCUUUUGAAAGAUUUUUUAAAAUAAAUUUAAAUCCCUUAAUCUGCAGUCAAGCCCCUGAAGAUCGCUCACAUAUUCAGAUGUUAUCUUCAACCCUAUUGUACUAUGGAAGUUUGGGGUCAUCUCUUAGAAUAUAACUUGUCAUAUUCAACAGAAUGGCUUUACCUCAUAAGAGGAAGUAUUUAAAAAGCUAUUUGCACAAUACUUUUUAAUAUUUAAAUGCUUCAGUGUGUCCUAGAUAACUUAUUUUAGAAAGCUAACAAUCGCCUGAUUUGGUAACUGGAGUACCCAGUUUGCUUGGAAUCUUCCACAUUAUGGUGCCACUUAGGAGGAAUUAAACUAGGUCAAAAUUUAGUCAUAUUUAGUAUUUUGAAACGCUCGUUUGCAGGAGGAAGAAAGCAACCCUUACUAGCAUUUUUUGUAUCAAAUACUUCUCACAUUUAAUUAACAAUCCCAUAUUAUCUUUUUUGUAUAAUGCUUAAUGCUUGGAACUUAAACUGCAGUGUAAAAGAUUUUUGGUGUUAACUGUGGUGUAUUUUUAACUUUUUGUUUUUGCUGGAUUUUAUAGUUGUUGAAAAAUACCUUUACCCAGAAAAAUAUAUAUAUUUAAAAUGGUUGUCAUCUCAUUAGCAACUUUGUAUUGUGAUUUAAUGAACCUUAUUGUCCUUAUAAAAUUAAAUAAAUUUACCAAAAGUCAACACUUAAGCAUCUUUAAAAAUCCAUUUCCAGUGUAAAACCAGAAAUACAUCUUUUGAAUUGA